CUGGCCAGUUUCGAUUUACAGAAACAAUUCUACUGUUACACGGACACGCGAUCGGCUGGACAAAGAUGGGCAAAUUUUUUAUUCGAGAAAUAGACGAAUAAGAACACCAGCGAUCUCUAUUCAACGGGACCGUUGUCGAGUUUUUUAGAUAAGAAUUCCGGCCCGAGGAAACGAUUACGACAUGGUCGCCGAGGAAGGGAACGUGAAGACGAUCCGUGGCGACGGCCUCUCUUUAAAAUUACUUUCAAACGAGCAAAUUCUAGAAAUUACUGGCGACGGAUGCAACGUUACCGUGGCGAAAAAUUGCGGAAGUGUUCGUAUCAUAGGCGACGGAUGUAGAUUGAAGAUCGAUCUGAACUUGGGAGACGUGGAGUACACGGGGGACGGGGGACGCGUGUUGCUAGGCCCGAAAUCGUCGAACAAGGUCCGAUACGUUGGAGACGGGGGCAGAGUAACCGUCGAUGGCAACACGGAGAAGAAGAGCAAAAAAAAGCUUAGGCGACCGUCGAAGAAGAUAAUGGACGAGGAGCGUUCGAAGGACAUCGAAGUAAAUAAAGAGCGAUCGAGCAGCGUCGAAGAGAGGGAGAACGCUGCGAACGCGAAAAGAGAUGUUAAACGGGCUGCUUUAGGAAACAAACAAGAGAAAGUGGCGAAGAUAGUGACUAGGCUACAAUGUGACGAGCAACUCGUAACCAAAUGGUUCGUAAAUCCUGGGACGGUUAUCAGGUCCUUCGAUGGAGCCACUUUCGUCAAGAUAGGUCCCAAAGAGGAUUUGUUAAAGAAAUUAUGAAUAACGCUAGGAAGUGUCGAAACUCGAACAUCGAAACGUUUGAAAUAUAAUGCGUGUGUGCUAUGCUUGCGCGUAACCUUAAUCACCUACAGUAUUUCUAGAAUUAUCGCCUAUCUAUACUUGGCGAGUAUCUAUACUUAUACGUAGCAAUUAAAGGGGAAAAUUGCGGCCUCCCCUGACAAAGAGGAAAGUAGGAGGAAGAUUCGCUUCAGAGCUGAUGUAGAAGUGAAUCGAGUAAUCAUCCGAGUCCGCUUUACCAAGUAGGGGAAUCAAUCGCGUGAAUAAUGAAGUGUCAUUACCGACGAUCUCUUCAAUGCCAACUCUAGGUGACAAACGACUUAUUCACUCGACGUUUGCUCUUUUCGAAUGUCGCGAUAAUGAUACCGACUAUCGGUCAUGUAAGAUUCGUGUCCGCUUAACCACCGAAGACAAAUGACUGUACGACAGUAUUUGCGCCAAACGUACUUACGACUAUAAGGUAUAGUAAGUGUGUAACUCGUACGACAAGCUAUAUCGAAGCAGUAUUUCGUCGCAUAAACGUCGGUAACGUUCCUUCAAACUGUUUGAAAAUUUAAGUUAUAGGAUCUCGAAUGCACGCGAAGGCUGAUCUCAGAUAGUAUUAUUGUAUGGAAACAUCUACGUGUAAACGAGAAAUAAAAAUUGUGUAAUAAGAGUCUACCAAAAAUAUCCUCGCAACAGUUUAACGACAGUUUAGCGAGUAUUCGAUUUUGCCAUGAAUUGCGUCAGAGUUUCGUGACUAUCGCCGACCGAUCCAGAUAUAAAAAGAAAACCCAGAUACAUAGACACGCUCCAUGGAAACCGUGUAUGAUCGAUAGAGCAUCUCCCGUAAAUCAUCGCCAAACAUUGCGAUAUUCGAUAUUCGCAAGCUCGUCGAGCAAUGAAAUUUAAUGCAUCGCGGCGGAUCACGAAGCUCGUUCAUCAUUCCUUUCCCAUUGUGCUAGGAUGUAAUUUAAUUCGAGAAAAUUGAGACCCAGAGACAUGAAUUAUUUUUGAUGAAAGUACGAAUUUUUCUCUCGCACAAAUUCUCCGCCGAUUAUAAAGUCACUAGGUAAUUAACAGGCAGUUACCUAGGUAUUAUUAACACCAUGUUGUAUAUUUUAUCUGUCUCUUACGCAACUAGCUACAAUUUUGAAAAUAUUCCACGAUAUCCGUCGCAUUGUCGAAGACGCUCGAUGGGAUUUAUUGUCUGCAAUUGUAACGACUUUUUUUUUUUCUUUUUUACGUAUUCUCAGCUGAAUGUACACCUUCAAUCGCGGCAGGACAAUAGCAGCCGUAAUCGCGAUGGAUCCAACAGAGAUGUUUUUUAACGACCACAUGUUCCUAGACUCUGUUCCGUGUUAUAUUAAUUCGCGACUAUUGCGCAACGUCUCUUCCAGGUCAAAUGUACGGCGUUAUCUGUGAUUCCGGCUGAAUUGUUUCCACUUAUCGAGGAUUAGCAUAUCUCGGAAUAAUUAUUGGAAUAUCGGAGAUUAAAGCAACGAAGAAGUCCUGCUUCGCGAUCAUAAUUCUGAUAAGUUCGAAAUAGAAAAUAAAAAUUGAAAAACAAAAUUCCAACCGAGAUAAGAUCCUACCGAUUAUUAAUUUUCUACAACCAACCACGGGAUAAUCGAGCCUUUCGUCCGCUUCGAAAU